UUAGAAGGCCGGCACACUCCAGAUGAUGGAAGAUGUGGAUAUUGAGCCCUCUGUUGGAAGACUGGGUAGUCAUCGGAAGACCUGUAGAUGUUGGAAGACGUGGAGAUGCAGGAAGACACGGACAUGCUGGAAGAUGAGAUGCUGGAAGACGAGCAGAUGCUGGAAGCCCUGGAGAUGCUGGAAGAUCUGGAGUUGUAGGAAGACAUGGAUUUGUUGGAAGACGUGGCUUAGUCGGAAGACAUGAAUUUUCUGGAAGACAUGGCUUUGAUGGAAGACAUGGAUUUUCUGGAAGACGUAGUUUUGUUGGAAGACGUGGGUAGGCUGGAAGACAUAGAUUUGCUGGAAGACGUGGCUUUGCUGGAAGACGUGGAUUUCCUGGAAGAGGAAGACAUGGAUUUUCCGGAAGCCACAGAUUUGAUGGAAGACCUGGAUUUUCUGGAAGACAUAAAUUUUCUGGAAGACGUGGAUAGUCUGGAAGACCUGGAGGUCUUGGAAGACGUAGAUUUUCUGGAAGACAUAAAUUUUCUGGAAGAUGUGGAUAGUCUGGAAGACCUGAGGUCACUGGAAGAUGUGGAUUUUCUGGAAGACGUAACUUUUUUGGAAGACAUGGAUUUUCAGGAAGACCCGAGUUGUCCGGAAGACCUGGAUUGUUGUUGGAAGAUGUGGAUUUGCUGGAAGACCUGGAAGUGGUUGGAAGACAUGGCUCCUCUGGAAGACCUGGAUUGUGUGGAAGACAUGGAUUUUCUGGAAGACGUGGAUCUCCAGGGAGACCUGGGUUACUGGAAGACUCGAAUUUUCUGGAAGACGUGGCUUUAUUGGAAGACCUGGAUUUGGUGGAAGACACAGAUAUUGUCUGGAAGACGUGGACUGACUGGAAGACUGGAUUUGGUGGAAGACAUGGAUUUUCCUGGAAGACCUGGAUGUUUUGGGAAGACACAAAUUGACUGGAAGACCUGGAUUUCUCUGGAAAACAUGGAUUGA